AUGUCUUCCCCAUUUCUAGAAACAACAAAGAACUCAAAUCUUUUUUGUUUAAUUUAAAAUUAGCCGUUCAUGAUGUUUUCUCUGGGUUGACUAAAUAACACGAAGAAGCUUAAAAAUAUGACGUAUCAACAGCCAAUGAAACCAGGAAAGGCUGGUUUGGAAGAGCCACUCGAGCAGAUUCAUAAGAUCAGGAUUACUCUAUCCUCCAAAAAUGUCAAGAACCUCGAGAAAGUGUGCACUGAUUUGGUUCGUGGAGCCAAGGACAAGAGACUUAGAGUCAAGGGUCCAGUGAGAAUGCCCACUAAGGUUCUUAAGAUCACCACCCGAAAAGCUCCUUGUGGUGAAGGAACUAAUACAUGGGACAGAUUCGAGCUUAGGGUACACAAGCGAGUUAUUGAUCUCUUCAGCUCUCCUGAUGUAGUCAAGCAAAUCACAUCCAUCACCAUUGAACCUGGUGUUGAGCAAAAAGCAAUCCGCCGUCGAGCUUCGUUCGUCUCUCAGAAGAAGCUUAAAAAUAUGACGUAUCAACAACCAAUGAAACCAGGAAAGGCUGGUUUGGAAGAGCCACUUGAGCAGAUUCACAAGAUCAGGAUUACUCUCUCUUCCAAGAAUGUCAAGAACCUCGAAAAAGUGUGCACUGAUUUGGUCCGUGGAGCUAAGGACAAGAGACUUAGAGUCAAGGGACCAGUGAGAAUGCCAACCAAGGUUCUAAAGAUCACUACUCGAAAAGCUCCUUGUGGUGAAGGAACCAACACAUGGGACAGAUUUGAACUUCGGGUACACAAGCGAGUGAUUGAUCUCUUCAGUUCUCCUGAUGUGGUCAAGCAGAUCACUUCCAUCACCAUUGAACCUGGUGUUGAAGUUGAGGUUACCAUCGCGGACUCGUAGAUCAACCCUACUAGUGUGGCUUUGUUAUCUCUUUUCUUCAAAUUCUCUUUAAGAAACAAUCUUCUUUUCCUCGGUUCGUAACUACACUCCUUUUGAGUUGCAUAAACAAAUGUUUUUGUUGUAGUGAAACCUAAGUUCUUGUGUUUUCUUAAUUGAAUAGAUUUUGAAGAUUUAU